ACUAGCAGCAAGAGCCUGUGAUCGCAACUGGAGCACACGCAAAGCCAGUGAUCGCUGCUGCGUGCCCUGUGUGUUUCGGUCGCAAAGAACACUUGUAAAAACAUGGUGCGCGACGCGGCAAAAGAGACGAUCCCGCUGCUGACGCGCUACAAGAUGGGCCAUCUCGAGCUCUCCCACCGCGUUGUGCUCGCGCCGCUGACGCGGUGCCGCUCCUACGGCCAAGUGCCGCAGCCGCACGCCGCGGCGUACUACUCGCAGCGCGCCACCAGCGGCGGCCUCCUCAUCUCGGAGGCCACGGAUGUGUCCCCCACCGCGCAGGGGUACCCGGAGACUCCCGGCAUCUGGACGCACGAGCAGGUCGAGGCGUGGAAGCCCAUCGUCGACGCCGUCCACCGCAAGGGCGCCUUCUUCAUCUGCCAGAUUUGGCACGUCGGCAGAGCUUCCACCAAUGAGUUUCAGCCUGACGGUCAGGCGCCCAUCUCCAGCACGGACAAGCAAAUCUCUCCGGACCCCGAGUCAGGCAUGGUGUACUCCAAGCCGCGGCGUCUACGGACGGAGGAGAUCCCGGGGAUCGUCGACGACUUUAGGCGUGCGGCACGGAACGCCAUCGAGGCAGGAUUCGAUGGUGUGGAGAUCCACGGCGCGCAUGGGUACCUCCUGGAGCAGUUCAUGAAGGAUGGCACCAACGACGACCGCGACGACGAGUACGGUGGCAGCCUUGAGAACCGGUGCCGCUUCGCGGUGGAGGUGGUCGAUGCUGUCGUCCACGAGGUGGGCGCGCGUCGCGUGGGCGUUAGGCUGUCUCCGUUCGUCGACUUCCUGGACUGUGUCGACUCUGAUCCACUGGCGCUUGGUGAAUAUAUGGUGCAGCAGCUGAAUAGGCACGAGGGGCUACUCUACUGCCAUAUGGUCGAGCCGCGGAUGGCCAAUGUUGAUGGCCGCAGACAAAUCCCUCAUAGGCUCCUACCGUUCAGAAAAGCCUUCAAUGGAACGUUCAUUGCUGCAGGCGGGUAUGAUCGGGAGGAAGGCAACAAGGUGGUGGGUGACCAUUAUACUGACCUCGUUGCGUACGGGAGACUCUUUUUGGCUAAUCCAGACUUGCCCAGAAGGUUUGAGUUGGGUGCACCCUUGAAUAAGUACAACCGGUCAACUUUCAUCACGCAGGAUCCUGUCGUUGGAUAUACUGACUACCCAUUCUAUGAGGAUAACAACCAUGUAUGAUUAUGUAGCUCAUUCAUUCGUGCUGUGGUUGAUAAGUUGAUUCAUAGUGUCUAGCCUCCUAGAUUAUCUGAAACUUUAAUGAUUUGGUUGAUACAUGCAUGUAUUUGUGAAGUUGGGAACUUCUCCCCUAUGUAUAAAUAAAAGGGUUUAAUACCCUAUACAUUUUCUUUUGAAA